AUGCUGUUCAAGCCCAUCAAAGCUAUCUUUUUAUCCUUUCUAUUUUAUGGGAUAGUAUUGCCACAAGCAGAAAUUGUUGAUAUUGAUGAGGACGACAUCCUUACAAUUGCUGUUGGGGAGGAAAGUGAAGAAGAUGUGAUUAAUAAGGAGCCAAAAAUUGAAAAACAGAUCCUGGUAUUACCCAACCAUUUUCCGGAUUAUCUCAACUUUUUCUGCCAGCCAACUACUCAAUUAAUGCGAGAUCGUUUUUGUUAUCGUGGCUUGGAUGCGUAUAUAAUCGCAUGUGCCGAUGAAAAUCCACCCUUACAACUCGUCCCAUUUUGCCUGGGCUUCAAGUAUAGUUUUGUUGAUAUUCCCAUACGC